CUCCUCAGCUCGACGCGGCUAUAGCUGCACUGACCGCACCUCGACCGCGUGCCCACCGGCACCGCUCAGUGCUAGCGCGCGCUCAUGGCGUCGCUUGGCCAGCUCCUCCUCGUCGCCGGCCUGGCCUUCCUGGUGCUGCUGCUGGGUGCCCAGGAUCACGGGCGUGGAGAGCAAGCGACCGGCGGCGGCCCGGCCGUUGGAGCAGCAGCCGCCGCCGCUGCUCCUCCCGCGCGGGAGGCUGUAAUCAUCAGCCGGCACCAGCAUUCGCAGCCGUCGGCCGCGGCGAUGGCGGAGAGCAAGCGGCUCCCCAUCCCUCCGUCCGGGCCGUCCACUAAGUGGAACUACGAGGCGAAUCACGAGAAGCCGUCGUCGUCGGAGUCGGGCUCGGGCCGCCGCCGCCUCGGGUGGUGGUGGUCCCCGUGACGCGGCCGGUGGCGGUGGGUUCUUGAGAGCUGCAGAGAUCUCAAGGCUCAGCUAGCGUCGUGUGUGUCGUCUGCUUCGUUCACCAUCUUCUCUCCUACUAGAAAGAAAUUUGCGCAGAUCUCAUGGAGUACUGGCAGUAUUGCUGCUCUGAUUAGUUUCUUGUCGAGUGUGCAUGAAAUGGCUGUGAGAUCUGCUGAUGUUUCUUUCCGGUGUAGAAUGGAAUCGUCUCCCCUAAUAAUAAUUAUAAUAAUAAUACAUUCUGAAGCU